AUGGAUGCCAAUGCUCAUGUUGGUCUUGUACGGGGUCCUGGAGGUGAAAUUAUACAAUCCCGAAGUGAUGAGGUUGGACAUUAUCGACCCGAGCUGCAGAACUUCAAUGGGGGUUUGUUUGUGGACUUUCUUUCUUCUCAGUACUUUUCUGCUGUCAAUACACACUUUGAUGUUGGUCCAACAUUCUACGGCCCACCACCGCGAAGGCAUAAGACUCGGGUUGAUUACAUUUGUGUACCCACUGCUACACUGCACAACGUACGGAGAUGUCACAUUCAGUAUUCAGCAGCGGAUAGGCUACAGCUCAUUAACGAUAUUGCGAGGCGGGACCAUUUACCUCUGCAAAUCGAUAUUGAAGUUGGCUUGGCAUAUGAGCACUCACCGGCGACGGCAAAGUUUAUGUGGGAUAAGACGCGUUUGGUGGAAGAUGCAUUGCAUGGUACUGGAAGGGAAUACUUGUUUCAGAGGGUGGAUCGGCAUUUGCAGUGCGCACUUGCUAACAUACCUAGCAUGCUCAAUCCGGACAAGAUGUGGCAUGUUUUCAACUCUGCCAUACGUGAUGCUGCAGUUGAUGUCUACCAGCUUCCAGCAAAAAAGGUUGUGUCGAGACCUGCAGACACUGCGGAGGCCAUUGAUAACAUGCUGGAAGCAAAGAAAAGUUUGGUUUCCUAUCAGACUAUUUGUCUUGGGCAUGGUCAUGGUCGUUUGGAUGGUGGGGACUUCCUGCAAUUGCCUGGGCCACAGGGUGGGUGUUCUGCGACGGUUGUGGAGUGGGACCAGGUUGCCCAUGCCGCGGAAGUGGAUGACAGAUUGCGACUCAUCAACAACUUGGAUGUGCUGGGCAAAUGGUUUUACGACACGCUUUGGCAAGCAUUGGAGAUGGCUAUUUGUCAAGUUGCAAGACCUGAUGACGUGGAGUUAUUGCAGCAGAGGGUGGAGCUUUGCGUUCGAAGACUUCAAUAUUGGCAGUCCGUGGCAAAAUGCCCUCAUCUUCACAAGACUGUAUUGGCGGCUGUGUUUGGCAAACUGCAUUGGGAUUCGGCAGCCAGUGUCCGGGAUGAUGGUGGUUUUGCUGUUUGUGUUAACCCAUGGGUUGGUCAAUUCCAAGAAGAUAUGGUCGCAUUGCUUAAACUGGAUUCGGCUGCCGAGCGGUUACAUGGCAUCGGAGAUAGGUUUUUCCUUGUAUUCACAGAUUAUCGGGCAGAUUUUCUGGCUAUUGAUUGUACUGAGCUCCGCUCGUCUUUCUUUUCCGUUUGUGUUCCUCCUCCUGGCGUCGUCAUCCCCAUGCCUCAGAGUGAGGAGCAACAGAUGCAGGAUCAGGUGGGUGGCGAGGUGGAAGAGCGGCAGUCGUUUGCCUGUGAUUGCAAGUGCGAAGAUGGCAGUACAUGCACGGCUACUUUUGGGACCGCACAAGCGUUGGCUAUGCAUCGGCGAAGAACUAAAGGAGGACUUGAGCUUUAUAGUGUAGUGUUCACGAUGUCGUGGUUUCAGCAGGCGCAAGAAGGUGCACGCCCUGUGAAGCAACAGCGGGUUCAGGAUGACGAAGGCCUUGCGAGCAAGGAGAAGAAGAUGCUCGAGAUGCUUGCCAAAUUGUGCUUAAAGAACUCGCUGGAAAUCAGAGAGCUGCAAUCUGCCAUCUUGUGUACGUUCAUUGUCCCUCGCGACAGUGCCAUCGCUGUUGCGGGAAGUGAUGCUGCAAAGAAUCAUGUGGAGAGAAUGAAAGCAGUACAGAGCAAUGAAAGAAAGAUCGAUGCACUGGGGCCUAUUCAUGUACAUGUGUGGGCUUCCAUCGUGAAUGCUGCAGUGGGGAGCGCGGCUACCAAGGAGGAUGCGGACAUACUCAAAGAGCAUUUUGACAGUAUCACAAAGCCUGGCUCAGACCCAAAUUCCAUUGCGCUGCAUGUACAUGUUGCUCGCUUUCGUAAAGCUUGGGAUAAAGGGGAACGAAUGCGGGACGUCAAAUUCGACAGUGAGAUAGUGCCAGUUUCACCCAAGUGCACUAGGCCUGGGGAGCACAUGGCUGACCCAGCUUCUGAUGGCUGGCCUGCGGGCAAGGUCUUCGAAGCUGCGCCACAAGGUUUCACGUAUGAUGACUUGGUGUUCAUGCCCCAGCCGUCCUCGUUCGAAGCCUCCGAUGUUGACUUGUCCAGCUACAUCACAAAGAACAUCAGGUUGAAGUCGCCGAUCAUUGGCAGCCCUUCCGACACCGUUACAGAUUCCAACAUGGCCAUCGCUUUGGCCCUCUCCGGGGCGAUGGGCAUCAUCCAUGCAAAUCAGGACAUCCAGCGACAGGUUUCCAUGGUACAAGCUGUCAAACGGUUCGUUAGCGGAUUUGUUCUGGAACCUGUGGUCAUGCGGCCUACGCAAACUCUGGCGGACUUGGACAAGCUGAAAGCAGCUACUGGAAUCACUACUGUGCCGAUAACAGACACCGGCGGGCUGGGUGGUGAGCUUCUGGGCAUUGUGACUGCGCGAGAUGCAGAUCUUUGCGCAGAUCGCCGCGAGUAUUUGUCAAGAGUGAUGACGGAAAGAGUCGUCACUGCAAGAGAGCCUCUUUCUUUUGAAGAAGCGCUCGACACGCUGAAACGCGCAAAGGUUGGAAAGUUAUUGAUCUUGAACUCCGACGAUCAGCUGGUGUCGAUGGUAACACGCAGUGAUCUCAAGAAGGUCAGGGACUUUCCAGACAUGUCGCGAGACUUGAGCGGCAAGCUCCUGGUCGGUGCUGCAGUGCCAGCCUUGCCCGAUGGCUCCCAGGACUGGCCUCGAGCAAGCGCUUUGGCAGAGGCUGGUGCCAACGUCCUCUACCUCUUUGGCGAUGGUGUGGAUGAGCAACUUUCACUGAUAAGACGGCUGAAGAUCGAUUACCCUUCUGUGGAUGUCCUCGCCGGACCAGCAACCUCAGUGCGAGAAGCAAGGCGAUUGGUGGAGGCAGGAGCCGAUGGCAUCAUUGCAGGCUCGGGCAACGAUGCAGGAGCUGAUCCAAUGGCUGCACCUCUUGCAGUUGCAGUCGGACGAGGCGAAGCCACUAUGGUGUAUGAGGUCGCUUACUACGUGACGCGCAACUACAAGCUCCCCGUUGCAGCUGCUGGUGUUCGCAGUACAUCACAGGCUCUGGUGGCCAUGGGUCUUGGUGCGUCUGCCGUUGUGCUGCGAGAGCCAUUGGCAGGCACUGACGAAGCCCCAGGAGGUAAGCAG